UUUCAGCAAUUCUAAUCAGAGAGAGGAGGAGAGCCGGGGCAGGGGCCGCAGCUGUUGAUCGUAAAAACAGAGAAGAUAUUGAAAGAGAAAGCAUAACAUAUCAUAGUUUAAUACACAGAGAUUUAGAGAGAGAGGGAGAGAGAGGGAGGGUUUGUUCAUCCGUAACAAAACAUAAACUCCCCCUAUCGAUCUCCCCCUCUUCUUUAAACAACAAAUUUCCUCUAUCCGGUUUGAAUUCAAGUCUGAAUCUGAAUGGGUUGAUAACCAUCUUCAACAAUUAAUGAUGAUGAGCGGAAGCGAUACCCCGAACUCCCUUCCUCCUCCCAAGACCAAGAGGCUGUAUCAAGUUUGGAAAGGUCGUAAUAAAUUCUGUUGUGGCGGUAGAUUGGUUUUUGGUGCGGAUGGUGGGUCAGUGAUUUUAUCUGCAAUCCUUAUCGGAGCUCCGGCGAUCACCUUCUGCAUCAAAAUGUUUUUCAAUAUCAAAAAAGACAAAACCAACUUUGGAUUCGUGGAAUUAUCAAUAGGAAUAAUCCUCACAUUAUUGGAUCUAAUUUUUCUCUUCAUGACAUCCGCAAGUAACCCCGGAAUAGUUCGCCGGAACAAACGACCGCCGGAAUGUGAAGAGUCGUUCGAUUUCCGGUCACAAUCAUUGAGAUGGAUGAAUGGAUCGGUGAUGAGUAUGAGGAUACCAAGAAUCAAAGAUAUGCUUGUUAAUGGACACACCAUAAAAGUUAAAUAUUGUGACACUUGCAUGCUCUAUCGCCCGCCUCGUGCCUCUCAUUGCUCGGUUUGCAAUAACUGUGUUCAACGUUUUGAUCACCACUGCCCGUGGGUAGGCCAAUGUAUCGGAGGUCGCAACUAUCGAUUUUUUAUUGUAUUCAUCAUGACAUCAACGGCGUUGUGUGUCUAUGUGUUCACGUUUUCAUUGAUCGAUGUUAUCCGUCAACACGGAAGCUUGUGGAAUAGUUUAUCAAAAGACGCUAUUUCGGUUGCACUUGUAGGAUACUCUUUCGUAUGCUCUUGGUUUGUUGGUGGGCUCUGUGUUUUCCAUAUUUUUCUUAUUUCCACAAACCAGACAACAUACGAAAAUUUUCGGUACCGAUACGAGAAGAAGAAAAAUCCAUAUAAUGAAGGGUUUACAAAGAACCUUAAGGACAUAUUUGGUUCUAGAUUGCCACCUGCUAUUGAUUUUAGAGAGUGGGUGACAGUUGAAGAGGAGGAUGAGGACGAGGAUGCGUCAAUGUCACAUAGAUUUGGUGGAUCUAUGCGUACCUCAAAAAUAAAACUCAAUGGGGAACCCAAGGAUGACAAAACAUUGCCAAAGACUUGUGGUUCUUCAGCUGCAGCAGCUGAUAAAGAUUUAAAAGGCAACCAUGAACCUAAAAACUCACCACAGGACCAAAAGUGAUUGAUUGUAGUUAGCUACACAAGGUUUCAGUAGACACACGGAACCGUGUUAUUUUCAAGGAAUAAUACGUGUUUAUUUGCUUAUUUUGAGCAUAUGUGGUUGUUUGAGGUAGUGAUAUUUGUCUUUCAAAUAGAUCGUUUUUCUAGAUCAAUGAGUUUCAAAUCCCACAUAUUUUCCUCUCGUUGACGGUUUACUAGAAGAGC